AUGACAGAUUAUAAUUAUUUUCGAAAUUUAUGGUGGAAAGAAGGAAAUAUUCACCCGGGAGCAAAAUGGGAGGAAGUUACACUUCCAUACGUGCUUGCUGAGGGUAUGACUUUGGAUGAGUAUGAACGUCGCACCGACAGCCACACGAAGUUUGUAUUGGCACAAUUAUUAAGUAUUUUAAUAGACAUUGUAGUGGGUACCGAUGCCAGUAUUUUAAACAUAGGAGCAACUCGAACUCGAGCUGAUAGUUCUGGCAAAGAGGCAGACGCAUCAUUUCAUCCAAUGAAACAACGAAAUGAACCGUGGCCGAAUAUUAUUGUAGAAGUCGCAUAUUUCGAAAGUAUAGAUCAUGUCUUCGAAAAGGUGAAAAAUUAUUGGUUAAAAGAUCUUAGUCGUGCACAUGAUGCGAUAGUUGUUAAAAUUGAUCCUGUUCCUGAGGGCGAAACACCUUCACGCAUGCAGAAGGACAAGAGGGGAGAGCUUCAUCAUCGAACCCACUUUGAGUUUGGCACUCAUGAUGGAGCCGGGAAUCCGUUGAACAUUUCACGAGGCAUAUGUAUCAUCAAGAUUAAUUUGGAUUGUCUUUACCAUCAAAUAUACCCUGGUAUACAAGUUCCACGAGAUAUUCUCCCAGAUCCUAUUGAACUGGAUUUCUCUUUUGUUCGAGAUGAAAUUUUUU